AUGUCGGCGCCCUUCUUUCUGGGCCAAGUCAUUGACACCAUCUACUCAAGCUCCUCGGAGGACUUCAGUGCCUCCCUCUGCUCUCUGUGUAUCACGCUCUUAGGGGUGUUUCUCGGUGGGGGCGCUGCCAAUGCAGCCCGUGUCUACCCCAUGCAAAUCUCAGAACCGCCUGUCUGCGGACACGGCUGUCAUCGGGCACUCCUUCACAGACAACCUCUCCGGCGGGAUCAGCGCUAUCGCGCAGGCAGCAGCUGGGAUCAGCAUGAUGGUGAGAAACAGUUUUACGUGUCACCCAGUUUAGCAGCUUUUGUGCUGCUGAUCGUGCCUCCUAUGGCUGGCCUGGCUGUCAUAUACGGGAGAUACCUGCACUCCAGAUCCAAACGCACACAGGACUCUCUGGCCGAGGCCACACAGUUGGCAGAAGAGCGUAUCAGCAACAUGAGGACAGUUUGUGCGUUUGGUAAGGAGCUGACAGAAGUGGCUAGGUAUACAGAGAAGGCCAACUACAUUCUCCACCUGGCCAAACAGGAGGCUGUUUUGCUGGCCGGGUUCUUUGGAGUGGUGAGCAUUCAGCCAUUCAAUGUUGCCCAAUUUGACCUAAAGAGAUGUGCCCUUGAUGCAGAGAAUGAGUUCCUGGUCCAGGAGGCUCUGGAGCGGCUCAUGGAUGGGCGCACGGUGCUGAUCAUCGCCCACCGCCUCACCACCAUCCAGAACGCUGACGCCGUGGUGGUGCUGGGCCAGCGGUGUGCGGUGGAGUGUGGUCAGCACGCACAGCUCCUGGGCAACCGCCAAGGCCUCUUCAGGAAGCUGAUGGAGAAACAAGCCUUCUUCCAAGAGGGGCAAAAGCAAGCGUUGAAAAGAGGACAGGGGAGCUCUUUAAAUGUAGAGAAAGUGCCUUUACAGUAGCUUUACAGUAGCUGUGUGGUGAUGUGCUCUGCCGCACUCCUCAGUACGUCAGUGUGUGAAUCAGAUGAAGCUGCACGUGCAUAUCAAAUGGAACAUGGAUGAUUUUGGACAUGUUAAAAUUGAGUACUGCAGAUAUCUCAUAUAACUGCUGGGAUUCAUUUUGAGAUGGUCAAUGGGGUUGGCUUCUCUUCUUGAGGACACCCAACUCAUUGAGCAUCCUCAAGAGGUUAGUGUUUCCUGAAAAUAAGAAGGACAUUAAAACUCUGAAGUAUGUCACGUAAAUAUUGUCAAUUAGGCGGGCCUAUUUCCAAGACACGGCAAACACACAGAGAACUGAAAUACAAGCUACAUUGUCAUAAAUGUAGAUGAUAAUCAAAUAAAAAAUUAUAUUCCAGGUGAUAAAGCAAUGAAUGAACCGCCACUGAUCAGUUAUGAAAAUGAUGUGCAUAUCCAUGAAAAUAUUCUGCUAUUCAAAGGUGCUUUUGUGUCUUUGCUACCAGUUUGGUGAACAUGUCUGAACAAUCUAACAUUCAGUAGGUAAAAUUGAAUUCAAAUCUAUGUAUUGCCCUAGCUAACACACCUGACUCCAAUAAUCAACUAAUCAUGAUAUUCAGUUUAGAAUGUAAUUCAUUUAAUCAGCUGUGUUUUGCUACGGGUGGGGGGAAAGUGUGACACCACUCCGGCCCCCUGAGGACUGGAGUUGCCUGUCCCUACAUCACUUUUACUCAUAUCUACAGAUGACCCUAUCCCUAUAUCACUAUUGUAUUCAGAUGUUUUGGGGCAUAAGUCCUAUAUAAAUGUUCUCUACAGAA